ACAAUCUUCAUUUUUCUUGGGGGAGGAAGAUACACUUUCCCACACAAAGUUCCAAUUUUGCAGCAGCCGCCCCAUUUCGCAGCGAAACCAUUCACCCAGCCUAUCUCUCGACUCUCGACUCUCGACUCUCGACUCUCUCUCUCUCCAAUGGCAAAGGCAGCUCCAACAACCUUCCGCACCUUCUCUUCUUCAAACCCAAAUUUCCACAAAUCCUCAAUUCCUCCUGCAUCCUCUUCAUUCCUAAAACUGCCCACCACCUAUUCGACGAAAUGCCGCACUCAAUUCCUCACCAAAAACUCUCAAUCAAUCCGCUCACCCUGUUUUUCACCCAUUAAAGCCACCCCAUCCUCUUCUUCUUCAUCCACCGCCUCAUUUCACGGGCUCUGCUAUGUCGUUGAUGAUAACAUCGACACUGACCAAAUAAUCCCUGCUGAGUACCUAACUUUGGUGCCUUCAAACCCUGAAGAAUACCAAAAACUCGGCUCAUAUGCGCUAAUUGGAUUGCCCAGUUCAUACCAAGUUCGAUUUAUUGAUGAAAAUGAAACUAAAACAAAGUACUCUAUUAUCAUUGCUGGUGCCAAUUUUGGGUGUGGGUCAUCAAGGGAACAUGCCCCAGUUGCUUUGGGUGCUGCUGGAACUAAAGCUAUAGUGGCUGAGUCAUAUGCUAGAAUCUUUUUUCGGAAUUCAGUGUCGACUGGGGAAGUUUAUCCGUUGGAAUCCGAAGUCAGGAUUUGUGAGGAGUUUACUACUGGGGAUGUGGCUACUGUUGAGCUUGCUGAGAGCAAGUUGAUUAAUCAUACCACUGGGAAGGAGUAUACAUUGAAAUCUAUUGGGGAUGCUGGUCCUGUUAUUGAUGCCGGUGGGAUUUUCGCUUAUGCGAGGCAAGCUGGGAUGAUUGCUUCUGCAGCCUCUUAAGAAAGCUCAUUUUUUGUGAGCAGGUUUGGUCUAGUGCAGAUUAACAUGAAUUAUAGUUCAAAACCAGUACUCGCGACCGUCUCAGCGUCUUCACAAUCCCAGAUGGGAUCCAUAGAUAUUUGGACUCUCCCCUGCUGUGUAUUAGAUUUGCGUUUCUUGAUAAAGUCUGCUGCUGUAUGAUUGUCAUAAAUCAGAUUAUGAUUUGUAUUUUGGGGCACUUAUUGUUCUGCUUAAUUAAAUGAAACAAUAAGCUGUAACUUUGGGCGUAUUUUAUGCAUCUGAAUUUAACUUA